AUGUCCUCCCUCCGCAACGCCGUCGCGCGCCCCACCCACAAAGAGCGCGCGCAACCCCUCGAGCGCCAAAAAUGGGGUCUCCUCGAGAAGAAGAAAGACUACACCCUGCGCGCACGGGACCACAACGAGAAGCGGCGCAAGCUCAAGACCCUGCGCCAAAAAGCCGCCGACCGCAACCCCGACGAAUUCUACUUCGGGAUGAUGUCCACGAAAACCGGGGCGAAUGGCGCGAAGCUCGGGGACCGGGGCAACCGGGUGCUGAGUCAGGACGUGGCGAAGCUGCUCAAGACGCAGGAUGCGGGGUAUUUGAGGACGGUGGCGCAGAAGGUUAGGAAGGAGAGGGAGAGGUUGGAGGAGGGGAUCGUGAUUGAGGAGAAGGAGGUUAGGGUGUUGAAGGGGGAGAGUGGGAAGAAGAAAGGUCAUACGGUGUUUGUGGGUAGCAAGGAUGAGCAGGAGGGCUUUCAGCCGGACGAGUGGUUCGAUACGAGCGCGGAGGGGUUGAACAAGACGUACAACCGGCCGCGGCGACAGUCUGAGGUAGCUUCCGAGGAAGAAGUUGCAGAUGGUCAGCCCGAGACAUCGACACAACGGCGGCCACAGCGUGUUAUGGAUGCAGAGCUCAAGGCCAUCAAAGAGGAGCGAGCAUUACGCAAGAAGCGCCAAAGGGAGCAAGAAGCGCGGCACAUACGAUUGGAGGCUGUCAAGGCACGCGAGCGGGACCUCCUAACAGCCGAGCAAGCGUUGGCGGACCAGCGCGCGAAGAUGGCGAACAACGUUGGUGGCGUCAACAAAGCUGGCGUCAAAUUCAAGGUUCGUGAACGAAAGCGAUGA